AUGUCACAGCUUGACUUCCUCAAAGCAUUACGCGAAGAGGAAGAGGAUGGUGCCGAAGAAGAUGGUCAGGGCCCAGCAGCCGGUGAUGUAUCGCCUCUAGAAUCCGAGGGGGAUCCUUCUGUUGAGACGACUGUGAUGGAUAAGACUGCUGAUGCUGGCUCUAAAGGCUGGGGAGAGAUGCUCGCGGCACAGCUAGCCAUCUUCUCGGGCACGUCGCAAUGGCCUGCUGUCGGACUGAGCUCCGCCCUUAGCUUUCUGGACGCCAGUAGCGAGUCUACAGGAGGUGGUGGUGGUUGGGGCGCCAUACUUGGAGGCGGAGGAACCAAACGUAAAGCUGAUGAAGCCUGGGCUGAACCCAUGAUGAAACCAGGAGAUGAGGGUUCCACGGCAGAGUUUCCAGAAGCUGCCCAUAUAAAGAUUCUCUUCUAUGCGUCUGAGGGUAUUGAGGUAUCUGCGGAAGACGUUCAUAACUAUAAGACGUCACUGAAGACUACUGAUAAAGGGGCAAUACCUGCAGAGGAAGCUUCAACUGGAGGUCCACCACGAGCGUUCGGACUUUCGGAUGAGCAUGGAGCGAAUGAGGCCGUUGGAGUUGCUAGCAUCCCUAAGGAAGAGUUCAAGGAGGUGCUGGACAAGCUGGUUUGGUCGAUGGACACUGAUACGGAACCGCUGUGGCGCAGGGCACAUCCGAAUGAGUUGAGUGCCUACUUCAACUACGGUCUCAACGAGCAGCUUUUCCGAGAGUACAUGCUGGACAAGCAGAUCUGCCUACGGUUGGAUCGAGCUAAGCGGAAUAAGAUAACUGUUGGAACGUAUCCUGCCCAAGGCAACCUCGGGAUGAAUCCUGCGCAGGGUGCAGGGCCAGGCCGGGGCGCACCUGGUGGACCCGGGCAGAGACAUGUGAAUCCUCGAGAUAUGGAGGACAUGCCAGGUGCUGAUGACCCUAAGCGAUCAUUGUACGUGUGCGGAUUCCCAGCAGAAUGGGGUGAACAAGAGCUCCACGAUUUAUUUGUCAAAUUUGGGCAAUUGGAGAGUGUUGUUAUUAUGCCUAAUAGAGUAGGACACUCGAGAGGUGCUGGCUUCGUGAAUUAUGAUGAUAACCUCCUCAGUCAACAGGUCGUCAUGGCAAUGAACGGCUACUGUGUGCCAGACAGACCUGACUGCACGCUUGCGGUUCGGUUUGCUAAGGCGAAGACUCAGCAGUUGCCGGCUGGAGCCCGAGAAAGAGACUCCCAUCGUGGUGGUAGUUGGGGUAAAGGGAAAGGGAAGGGUGAUAGUCAUUUCGGUAAAGGCAAAGGCAGAGGUAAAGGCUGGGAAGGACGAGGCAAAGGUGGAGGAGGCAGCUAUUACCACUGAACUGUUACAUUCCCUACAU